AUGAGUUCUAUGAACUCCCGCUUCAAAGGCCUGGGAUUCGGCUCCAAACGCAAAUCGAGCGCCAACGUCCCGACCAUCGCACAGAACCCCACUACAUCUUCUUCAGCGCCACAACUUCGUCCCAUUUCCGCCUCGACAACCUCCUCAACGACCAGUCUCCCAAUGAAUCACACCGGUGCAGGCGGGCGACCGCCGAGCUAUACAAAUAAUUACGCUCCAGCUCCUGCUGCUGCGGGUCGCACGCAAAGUCCCAUGGCGGGGAAUCCUCGCACACCGCCGACGCAGGUAAUGGGUGGCCCUCCGCCGAUCAAUACAGCUGCGACUGGUGGUUAUCCUCCUGGACAUCCUGCUGGUGGAAUGGGAGCACCUCCACCAGCUGGCGGUCCUCCAGGCUACGGACCACCACAGUAUGGAGCUCCACUUCCCGCUGGAGGCAACAGUGUUGCUGCAGCCCAAUACGCAAACAGAAACAAUGCGGUUGAGGUUGAGGGAGCUGGACGCAGUAAGGCACAGUUGAUCGUUGGUAUCGAUUUUGGAACCACCUUCUCUGGAGUUGCUUUCGCAUUUGCUACAAACACAGAAGCUAAGGAGGACAUCAUCACGGAAUGGCCAGGUGCUGGAUCAUACACAAAGCAAAAGAUUCCAACUGUCUUGUACUACGAUCAGUACCAGAAGGUUGUGGGAUGGGGACCUGAUAUUGCUGAUGCGCUGGCGCCAACUGGAUACCCCAAGCCUGGUGUGCAGAAAGUUGAGUGGUUCAAACUUCAACUAAUGCUCUCCGGAAACACAUAUAUUGAUCCCAUCAACCUUCCCCCCCUUCCUCCUGGAAAAUCCGAAAUCGAUGUGGCAGCCGACUAUCUUUUCAAGCUUCGACAGGCGAUGCGCAGUCAAUUACAAAAGACGCUCGGAGAGGUUUUCAACAGAGAAGAGCGGAACAUCAGAUACUACCUCACCGUACCAGCUAUCUGGAAUGAUGCUGGAAAGGCUGCAACUCGCGCUGCUGCUAUUCAAGCUGGUUUCUUACGUGAUGAGAAUGACAACAGAUUGACCCUCAUUACUGAACCAGAAGCAGCUGCGCUGUUUUGUUCGAAGGCUGGAUUGUUAAAUCUCAAGGUUCAUGAUGCCGUGCUCAUCGUGGAUUGUGGCGGUGGUACAGUCGAUUUAAUCGCUUACGAAGUUGAAGAGGAGUCUCCCUUCACGGUUUCUGAGUGUACAGCAGGUUCUGGUGAUUCUUGCGGGUCAACAGCACUGAACCGAAAUUUCAGCAACAUUCUCCGAACCAAGAUCCGAAAGAUGAAGCUCCCAGAUGGAUCAAAAACAGCUGGCAGAGUCUACGCGAAGUGUAUCAUGGAUUUUGAGAACAGAAUCAAGGCUGAUUUCCGGAACAACAACCAGAAGUGGGCAGUGGAUGUUGGUAUCGAGGCUGAGUUCCCCGAAGCUGGUAUUGAAGAAGGCUACAUGACCUUCACCAACGAGGAGAUUCUGCAAUGUUUCGAGCCAGUGGUUAACCGAAUUCUGGAAUUGGUACGGAACCAAAUCAUUGCCAUUCAAGCACAGAACAGGACUCUUCAGAACGUUCUGGUUGUUGGUGGAUUUGGUGCUUCCGAAUAUCUCUUCCAACAGAUCAAGCUUCACGUUCCACCUCAAUUCCAAGCCAAGGUUGUUAGACCCAUGGAUUCCGUUGCUGCUAUUGUUAAGGGUGCCGUCACUGCCGGUAUCACUGAGCGAGUCGUCACAUCCCGUGUUGCUCGUCGUCAUUACCUUAUGGCCACUCUUCAGCCUUUCAAGGAGGGACACCACCCAGAAGCGUACAGGGUUCCAUCGUUAGAUGGCAAGGACCGAUGCAAGUUCACUCGACAAAUAUUCGUGCAGAAAGGUCAGAGAGUCAAGAUUGGGGAGCCUGUGAAGGUUUCAUUCUUCCGACAAGUUGCUCCGGGUGCCACUCUGAUGUACGAGGAUAUCUUGUACGCCUGCGAUGAUGAUGUUUGCCCCGAAUACACCAAAGAUCCCCGUGUCAAGGAAGUAGUUACACUUACCUCGGAUCUUUCCCGCAAAAAUCUGGAGAAGGACUUCGAGAGGAUGGACACCCCACAAGGAACUUUCUACCGGGUGUACUUCGAUAUCUAUCUCACGCUCGAUGGAUCAGAGUUCAAUGCUGAGCUGGUUUGCCAAGGCGAGGUGAUGGGACGUUGCACAUCGAGAUUCAAGUGA